AUGAGCAGCAUCGAGAUCCCCGCGGGGCUCACGGAGCUGCUGCAGAGCUUCACGGUGGAGGUGCUCAGGCACCAGCCUGGGGACCUGCUGGAGUUCGCCCUGCAGCACUUUACCCGCCUGCAGCAGGAGAACCGGCAUAAGGGAGGCCAUGGGGCCGUAGAUCGAGCUUCAGCGGGAGCCGGGGCCAUGGGGGGCGGCACCCCCAGCCGGGGGGUCAACUUUGCAGACGAGCCGGUGCAGACCGAAUCCGAGAACGGGGAGGAGGAUGACGACGAAGAGCAGCAGUCCGGGGACACAGGGGCGUUCAGCGCUCCUGUUUUGAACCGGUUUACUAGACGUGCAUCAGUAUGUGCGGAAGCUUACAAUCCAGAUGAAGAAGAAGAUGAUGCAGAAUCCAGGAUUAUACACCCGAAGACAGAUGAUCAAAGAAAUAGGUUACAAGAGGCUUGCAAAGACAUCCUUCUUUUUAAAAACCUGGAUCCGGAGCAGAUGUCUCAGGUAUUGGAUGCCAUGUUUGAAAAGCUUGUCAAAGAAGGAGAGCAUGUAAUUGAUCAAGGGGAUGAUGGUGACAACUUUUACGUAAUUGACAGGGGCACCUAUGAUAUUUAUGUAAAGUGCGAUGGUGUUGGAAAGUGUAUUGGUAACUAUGAUAACCGUGGAAGCUUUGGUGAAUUGGCCUUAAUGUACAAUACACCCAGAGCAGCUACAAUCACUGCUACCUCUCCUGGUGCUCUGUGGGGUUUGGACAGGGUAACCUUCCGAAGGAUAAUUGUAAAAAACAAUGCCAAAAAAAGAAGGAUGUAUGAAAGUUUUAUCGAGUCACUACCAUUUCUUAAAUCUCUAGAAGUCUCAGAACGUCUGAAAGUGGUUGAUGUGAUAGGCACCAAAGUAUACAAAGAUGGAGAACAGAUUAUUGCUCAGGGAGAUUCAGCUGAUUCUUUUUUCAUUAUAGAAUCUGGAGAAGUGAAAAUAAGUAUGAAAAGGAAGAAUAAACAGGAAGUAGAAGAGAACGAUGCCAUUGAAAUUGCCCGAUAUUCCAGGGGACAAUAUUUUGGCGAACUUGCCCUGGUAACAAACAAACCCCGAGCAGCUUCAGCCCACGCUAUUGGAACUGUCAAAUGUUUAGGUACUUAA